AUGGCGACGGCUGGCAGGCAGACGCUGACGUCAUCGGGGUCGGGCAAGAUUGAGCAGGCGAAUCUGGUGGCCGUUCGAUUCGAAUUCAAAAUUCACCUCGUCGAGGUCAGCUCCGCCCCCCGUCUGCCUCCGCUGGUCCCACUUCCCCGCCCGCCCCACGUCCCCCUUCCCCCUUCCCCCUUCCCGCUUCCCGCUUCCCCUUCCUCACUUCCCACGUCCCGCUUCCCCCAUCCGGAGCCCCCCGUUCCGCUUCCGUCGUCGUUCCAUGCGUCUUCCGCUCCCCACCACAUCUGCGUGUCUCCCCUCGUCCCCGCACGCCGCGCCUCUGAACGAUCUCCAGCCCCUCUCUCUCCCUCUUCGCCCCCUCUCUCUCCCUCUUCGCCCCCUCUCUCUCCCUCUUCGCCCCCUCUCUCUCCCUCUUCGCCCCCUCUCUCUCCCUCUUCGCCCCCUCUCUCUCCCUUUUCCCCUCAUCCAAUCGUGCCCCCUACCCCGCCAACCGCCCGCCAUGGCGGCAGCUGCGCGGGUGGCUGCGCGCCUCCCCGCCGCUCAUCAUCCGCUGGCAGCGCGGGGACAGCCGCGCGGGCCUCUCCGCGCCUGUGUGGCCCCCCGCCGGCCCCCACGUGCCGCUCAGCCACACCUUCCGGGUACGCUCUUCUCCUUGCAUUCGCAUCCUCUCCUUCUCCCUCCCCCACUCCCCUCCCCUUUACCCAACGUCUUCCCCUCCUCUCUAACACCAACCUCUUCCCAUCCUUCUUCUCCGCCCUCUCAACCACCCCCCACCCCCCUCAUUUCCCUCCAUUCUUCCCGUUCCCCACUCUUUCCCCCUUUUCGCCCCUCUUUCCCUGCUUUUCCCUCUUUCCUCCCCUUUCCCCUUUUUCCCCCACUUUCCCUCCCUUUUCCCCCUUUUCCCCUCCCGUUCCCCCUUUUUUUUCCCCUUUUCCCCCUUUGCCUCCCUUUCCCCCCCUUUCCCCCCCUUUUCCCCCCUUUUCCCCCCCUUAUUCCCCCCAUUUCCCGCCCGCCCUGUCCGCCUCGCCUGCGGGCAGAUCCCACCACCCACCCGAUGCACCAUCCGAGCCUGCCUUCCAGGCUCGGCCCGAGCCUCUGGGUCGGGCGCAGCUGGACCUGGCUGAGCUGGCGGACUGCGACGGGGCGGUGGAGCGCCGCCUCAAGGUGGCGCCCGGGCCCGCCAUGCUGGCUGACGUGGCGGCUGCUGAGAGGCCGGCGGGGGCGGUGCUGGUGGUGAGCGUGGAGUGCGUUGGGAAGAAGCUCAGCCGCGAGGCCGCCGCUGAGGAGGCCCACAUCCUGGCGGCCCCCAGGGGUCAUCGCCGCAAUGCCUCCUCUCCGCUGCUGCCCUCCACCGCUCUGCACCGCCCCGCUGCCCCCUCACAUCUUGCCUCCUCCCCUCCGGCAUCAGGGUGCGCGUCGCCCGCCGUGGCAGCAGCAGGCAGCGCGGGGUCGUCGCUGGGCCACAGUGACUUCCCUGCCCUGCCGCUGCCCCCCGCGGCAGGGGGCGCGCAUGCACAGGGCCACACGCAGGAGGGGCCGCAUGGGCCAUGGCAGCACGAGCAGGCUGUAGCAGCGAGAGAGGCGCGUGGGGAAGAUGCGGGGAGGGUGGAGGCAGUAGCAGAAGAAGGCAGAGGGGAAGGAGUGCAGAGCGGUGGUGAGGUGGGCAAGCGCAAGCAGCAGAGGAAGAGCCGCAGAGGAGGCAGGGCAGGCUCAUGCGAUGGGGUGGGAGGCGGGAGGGAGACGGGGGGAGACGUGAGUGAGGAGGUGCGGAUAAAGGACGCUGUAGAGCGUGACGUGGCAGUGGGCGAUUCUGGACCUGUCUCUGCCACGUCAGCCCCCCCUUCCACAUUUGCAGUGUCUGCCAAGUCAGCAUCGUCUUCAUCCACCUCAUCACGACCUCCCUCCCACCCUCCAUCAGCUUCUGCUUCCCCUGUGCCCUCGCGCUCCUCCUCUGUCUCGUCAGCGACCUCUGCAUCCACGUCAGCUUCGGCAUCCACGUCAGCAUCUGCUUCGUCAGCAUCCACAUCGGCAUGCAUGACGUCAUCAUCAUCACAUUUACCGCUGGAGUCACCAGCAGCAUCCGCGCCCCCCUCCGCCUCCACCAUCGCUGCUCUGUCCGCGGGGGCCAAGCCAUGCAGGAAGGCGUCUCGCCGCGCGCAGUCGUACGGCGGCACUGAGCUUGCAGCCUUCCAUGCCGCCCCCGCUGCACCACCAGCACCACCAGCAGCAGCACAAACGUCACCAGCAGCAGCAGCACAAACGUCACGAGCAGGUGCCCGGGAAGAUCCUGCUGAUGCUGCCGCUGACGCCACUAGUGCAAUCACUGGUGAACCAGCCGAACCCAGCAACACCCAGCGUGCCUCAUCGGUGGCAGCUCUGGUCAGUGGCCAUCGCACUUCCACUCUCCACUCCCUCCAUCGCCCAUCCCUGCUACUAACUCUCCAUGCCCCCAUUCCCUGCCCACCUUCCUUUGCUCCCUCCCCCCCCUUCCCAUCUGAUAGGGCGCAGCGCAAGGCAGCGGGCAGGCGGCACUCGUAUGGCGGCCAGGAGCUCACCGCCAUGCAAGCCGCACUCACACACCCGCCCGCCACCCCCGAUGCCACUGACGCUGGCAGCAGCAGUGACAGCAGCACUGCGGGCAGCGGCAGGGGCAGCAGGGCGAGCAGGCGGGGGGGGGGGACGGGCAGCAGCAGCAUGGACGUGCCUGGCCGCCCCGCCACGGCGCUCACCCGCUUCAGCCGCCAUGCCAAACCCCCCCUCGCCACGCCCCCCUCCUCCCUCCCCCCCACUGCCUCUGCCACCCCCCUUGCCACGACCCCCCUUGCGUCACCGUCCGCCACCAGUGCGUUCUCAGCCCCUAGCCUCCCAGCUCAGGCUGACGCGCCCCCAUCCCACGCCACCCCUGCUGCUGCUGCUGCCGAGGGGGUGGCUGCUGGUGAGUCUGGGAAGACAAGGCGUGGGAGUGGGAAGGAGAGGGCGCGGGGCAUGAAGCAGAUCGAGGCAGAGCUGCAGCAGAGGAGAGAGGCAGCCGCAGCACAGGCAGCAGCCGGCACGGCAGAGGCAGUAGAAGCAGACAGCGGGGCUACCGGGGCAGUGGAGGAUGAUCCGUGGGGGCAGCAGGUGGGGCAGGUGGCGGUGGUGCGCGGGCAGGUGAGGGCCACAUCGCUGGCAGAGCUGUACCGCGCGGCGGGGAGAGGCGGCGACCUGGACGGCGCAAGGAACGUGGCGCCGGCUCACGCCCUGUCACAUGUGCUCACUGCCACACCCGGCCCGCUGUGCCAGUCCAUGCCCCUGGAGCCCCACCCGGGCUUGCAGCCGCACCUUCCCAUUCCCACGCCCCUGCCUUGCCACUGCCUCUUUCCCCCCCGCCUCUGCUCCUCCCCCUCCUGCCUCUGCCUCUGCGGCCCCCCCUUCCUGCCACCCCCCGCCCACUGCGUCGUCCCCUCCUGCCGCGCGCCCCCCCUCCCAUCGCGACCUGCUGGUGAGUGGCACAUGGUUGGGGAGGGGGGGAAGGAGGGACGGAGAGGGGAGCGGAGUGAAAUUCGUGGGGAAGAGUGGGAAGGGUUGGGGGGAAGUGUGACAUCAGGGGGCAGGGUUGAGGGGAAUGGGGGAGAAGAGUGGGGGAGGGAGAGGUGGAGGCAUGGGGAGUUGGGUAAGGGAAUGAGUGGUGUGGUGCUGGCAGGCAGGCAGGACGGGUGGCAUCUGCCAACACCUCCAUCAUCGCCUAUCUUGCAUCCUACUCCCACCUGUUCCCCUCUCCCCCUCUCCCCUUUUCCCCCGACAUCCUCUCACCCUACCACUUCCCCACCCUCCCCCUCCCCUCCCUCUCCUGCUCUUAUGAUCUUAUCCCCCCCUCCUCCUCAGAGGGCGCGCAAGGCAGCCAACAGUCGCCGCCCGCACUCGCUGGCGGGGGGGGAGUUUGCCGCGCUCAGGCUCGCCCACACCCCCACAGGAGGCUCGCCAGAAUCCACCACCGCUCUGCACCGCUCUCCACUCUCCUCGUCCUCCCGCCCGAUAAAUCCUGGUGCGGCUGUCGCCCUGGCCACUCUGCAACGCCCCUCCACCUCCUCUCCUGCCCCUCCCGCUGCCCCUUCUGCUGCAGCGGAUGAGAGUGGGAGUGGGAGGAAGCGGCAGAGCAAGAAGGGCAUGAGGCAGGCAGGUGGGGGAGGGGCGGUGGCAGCAGCGGUGGUGCAGCAGUCGUUGGGAGCGGGGGUGGCAGCACAGCCUGCCAUGGUGGCAGCACAGCCUGCCAUGGUGGAUAUUCCACGGGCUGCCACCACGGGCAGCAUUCUCACCACACCUGCCACUGCUGCUGCUGCUGCUGCUUUCAGGAGGUGUGGGUCUGACGAUGCGCCCUGCCUGCCCGCUCACGCAGAGCACAUGGCACAGGGAGGGGAGGGGGGCAUGCAGGGGAGGGCAGAGCACGUGGCAGCAGCGCCACCAUCAGCGGGCACAGCGCCACCAUCAGCGGGCACAGCGCCACCAUCAGCGGGCACAGCGCCACCAUCAGCGGGCACAGCGCCAGCAUCAGCAGGCACUCACAUGCCCCACCCAGCUGUCCCCUCCGCCUUCCCUCGCCCUCUGCCUCUGCUGCACCUUGCUCCCACUGCCCUCGCCUCCUCUUCCCCUGCCAUGUCAGCUGGCUCUCCUGUGACGUCAGCAGGGUCGCCUGCCAUGUCAGCAGGAUCCCCAGCCUCUCUGUCCAAUGAGCACGCGCCACGUGGCGCACAGCAGGCAGCAGCGGUGGCGGAGCUGAGGAGCAAGCUGCGGGUGCUGCUGGCACCGCCCCCGGCUACAGCGGGGCAGGCCGGCAGGGGGGCGAGCGGGGUGGAAGAAAGCCAUAGAGUGGGCGGGCAGGGAGGUGCGGGCAGUGAGGAGGACCAACUGCCGAGACCUGUGGCGCCCGCACCGCCUGCAACAGCUGGAGCCUCAGACCCUCUUCCCUCUCACUCCUCCACCGCACAGCCCACCUCUACCCUCCCUGCCACAGACCAGCACCCAUCCUCGCCUCCUGCCCUGCACCGCUCGCUCUCAGACCCGCACACCCCUCGCCCCCCCUCCACAGCCUUCCCCCUGGUUGCUCCUCCCUCCCCCGGCACCCUCUCAGCGCCGCGCUCACCCCUCCCCCCGCCCUCUGCGCGCGCCCUGGGCUUUGCGUGUGCGCGGCGCCCCUUCAUGCUCCCACCCGACUGGCACGAUCCCUCCGUUGCUGCUGAGAGCGCUGGGAGGCCGCGCACUGCAGAGGGGGGGAGAGGAGGAAGGGGCGUGCGGGCGUUCACGUCCGUGGGGCACCGGGGAUUGCUGCCACGCGGUGUGCAUGCAGGGGGGGCGUCAGCAGCAGCAGCAGCAGCAGGGGGCGCGGGCAGCCAUUCUGCUCUGACUGCGCGUGAGGUGCUGGCGGCGCUGCGGCGCGUGCCGGGGCCGUACAGCUCAGGGCGGUUCGAUGAGGUGGAGGGCGUCGAUGACUCACUGCUGGGCGCUGGCGCCACACCCAGGCCACCAGAGGGCGGGGCACGUGGUGCUGGUGGCGGGCGGCGGCGGAGGAGGUUCAGCGUGCUGGCGGUGGCGCGGGAGGUGGUGGAGCGGGAAGGCGGAGGGGCAGAGGGGGGCAGUGGCGAUUAUGCGAGUGGAGGUGACGCGGAGAGAGGAAAAGGUGGUGCGGAGGAGGCGGGAGGAGAGGAUGGGGAAGGCAGCGAUGACUCAGAGGGCAAUGGCGAUGGGGAGGGCGAGGAGGCGGCACGUGUGCGCAUGGAGUGGAGACGGGUGAGGAAGGAGCGGCAGCUGGUGGAGCAGGAGAGGGGCGAGGUGCAGCGCGUGCAGGGCGAGGUGGCACGCUUCAAGCAGUGGGCGCACGAGGAGCAGCAGCGGCUGGGCGAGGAGAAGCAGCGGGUAGAAGCGGAGAAGCAGCGCCUGGCGCCCUUUGAGGCGCGCCACCGCGCCGGCCAGCACCGCAUCGCAGCGCAGGACGCCGCCACGGCCGCCCUGCGAGCGCAGGCCAGCGCGGCCGCCACGGCCACGGCGCACGUGGCGGCGCACACGCACGCCCUGCGCUGCCACCUCGCCUCCGCCGCCCACCUCCUCGCCGCCACCAAGCAGCGCCUCGCUCACGACCGCGCCUCCGUGGCUGGCGCUCUGGCUCGGGCUGCCGAGGCUGAGGAGCGGGCGCAGGCGGCGGAGAGGAGGUUCGGGAAGAUGCCGUGGGAGGUGCGGAGCGCGAGUGGCGUGGCGCGGGCGGUGCAUGGCGUGGCGGGCCGGCAUGGGUUACCCGUGCUGCGCCUGCACGCCCCCGCCAUGCGCCUGGCCCGCGUGGUGGCCGUGGCAUGGCGGGGCGGUACGGGUGAGGGGGCAGGGGUGGAGGAGGAGUGCGAUGGAACGGGGGAGAUGGCGGAGGGACGAGAAAAGGGCGGGCACAGGGGAGGGGAGGAGGAAGAGGGGGAUGCGUGGCAAGGGUGGAGUGCAGCCAGGGAAGGGGCAGCGAUGGGAAAGGGGAAGCUGAGGGAGCAACGAGGCGCAGAGGGCCAGGAGCAGGGGUUGCGGCGUGAGCAGGUGGCAGGCGUGGCGAGGGAGGUGAUGCGCGCGCUGCUGCUGGCGGCCCGGGCGGCGAGCGACAACGCCUCGCGGGUGCUGUUCUGGUGGUCCAACACGGCCCUGCUGCGCUCCGCCCUGGCGCCCCUGGUGGCGGAGGAGCGGAGCAGGGGAGGGGCGGGUGGGAGGAAGGGUGGGGGGAGCACAGGUGAUGGCGGGGCCACUGGGGGCAGCGAUGUGGGGGGGGAUAGUGGUGGUGUUGGGAAUGGUGGCGCUGCUGCGAGUGGUGGUGGUGCAUGUGCGCCCGGCACAGGGCAUGACGACCGCGGAGAGCCCUCUGAGGACCCCUGGGGCAGAUUGGCGCACCUUGACGCUCAGCUGCUGCAGCUGGAGCAAUGGCAGCACGACAGGUGUCUGCACCUGGUGUGGACACGUGUCUUCCUGCCAGCCAUGCAGCAGCCCCCCCCUGUGCUGCCGCCUCCCUUCCACCCGCCAUCACACACCCCCGCCUUCACCCCCUCGUGGUCCUCCGCGCUCCUCUGUGCCGCCUCCGCCUCCCAGCACUCCCUCUGGCCCUUCUCUGCCGCGCCACCCCCGCCACCGCCACUCAGAGCGGAGGAAGUGCAAGCGCCCUGGUGGGCGGGGCUGAGUGGUACAGAGCGGUGGGUGGCGGCGCAGCACGAGGCGGCUGUCAUGCUGUGCCCGCACAGGGCCAUGGGGCACCACUGCGGCUGCCUCUACCCGCUUUUCAAGCAGGUGCUGCAGCAGUGCGAGCAGCGGCUGGACGCGGCGCUCUUCAACGCGCUGCUGCGGUCCGGCAACGACGUGCUCUCCACCGACCCUGCCGCCGACCCUCUCACCGACCCUGCCGCCCUGCCCUUCCCUGCCAAUGGCCGCUUCUGGGCCGCCCAAGGCGGGCUGCUGAAACACACUGUGUCGGAGUGGAGUGACUUCCUGGCAGACAUGGACGCCCACGUCGCCUCGCAAUGCUGUGCCGCUGCUGCACCCGCCGCCGCUGCUUCUGCCGCACAUCCCGGAGCCGCCCGCGCUCCCCCCCCAUCGCCCGUCGUCCCCCCGCCCACCGUCCCGCUCUCCUUGCUCUCCUCCGCUCGCUUCUGGGCGGGCCAGCUGGAGCUCUUUGAUUGGCCAGAGGGCGCAGAGGGGCAGGGCGGGGCAGAAAAGCUAGCACACGGAAAUGGACUGGUGGGGCAGGGAGAGGGGUGGAGAGUGGUGACAGACGGUGAUUCGAUGGGAGGUGUAUUGGUGCGCGGCACUGCUGGUGGUGAAGGGGGCACGGGUCAGAGGCACGACCCGGCUGCUCUGCUGCUGCUGGGAGGGCGCGAGGGGGAGGGGGGUGAGGGGCAAGGCAUGGUGCAGCAGCUGAUAGGCGAGCGGGGGGAGUGCUUUCCCCUGCUGCGCGCGCUGGCGCACGUGCUGCUGCUGCCCAAGCAGGCCCCCUGCGACCGCCCUGUGCGGCGCCAGGUGUACGCCACCAUCCCGGCGCCGCUGCUGCAGCGCAUGGUGUCCAUGUGUGUGGAGCAGCCGUCCCACCCCGACCCCAUCCCUCCCGUGCUGCUCGACAUGCUGCACGCCGAGGCCAACACAUCUGCCCACGCCAUCCACUUCCUGCCAGUCUUCGACCCCGCGCCCCUGCCGCCCACGCCCUACUGCCCGCCGCCCACCUCCGCCCUGCACGCGCUGCUGGGGGCGGCUGCACCGGGCGCGGUGGGCGUGCAGCAGGGGGGGCUGGAGGGCGGGAAGGGGGCACGGCACGGAGAGGUGCCGAUGGAGUGA